CCUGGGAUUAAGUCAGGAAACAAGAGAAUUUUUGAUAUGGCAUGUAAGAACUGGAUAUUAAUUUCUACUCCUAACCCCACAAGCCUAGAAGAUGAAAUUGUGGGAAGACUUCUCAAAAUAUUGUUUGUUAUCUUUGUUGACAUAAUGUCUAUUAUGUAUGUUGUUAUAACUUCUUAG